AUGAAGUUCCUUCUUCCCGUUCUCCUUGCUCCCGCUGUUAUGGGCCGAGCUUGCAAGGUUCCGCACCCCAGUGCCGAAGCUGCUGCUCCUGUCUACUCAGCUCCUGAGAAUACAGCCGUCGAGCCCAAGCCUGUUCACACCACUCUUGCAACUCAUGCAGCUGCUGCCAGCAAGACUACCAAGGCCGCUAUCAAGCCUCAGGCCGUGUCCAAGGCCAAGAAGACUGCUUCUAAGGCCAAGACUACGACCAAAUCUAAGGCUCUUGGUAAUGGCGCAUCUGUCUCUGGUUCAUCCACUUUCUACGGUGGUAACCUCUCUGGCGGAAACUGCAUGUUCACCACCUAUACUCUUCCUGCCGGCAUCAUGGGAACCGCCUUCUCUGGUCAGAAGUGGGACAGCGCUGCCAACUGCGGUGCCUGUAUCGAAGUCACCGGCCCCUCCGGAACUGUCAAGGCCAUGAUCGUCGACAAGUGCCCCGAGUGUGACCCCGGCCAUCUCGAUCUCUUCCCCGACGCCUUCAAGGCCGUUGGCGGCACAAACGGCAUCGUCAAGACCUCUUACAAGUUUGUUGAGUGCGGCAUCACCACUCCUCUUGUUCUUCACAACAAGUCCGGUACCUCCACCAACUGGUUCUCCAUCCAGGUCGUCAACGCCAACGAGCCUGUCAAGAGCGUCGAGGUUUCCACGGACGGCGGCAAGACCUGGGGUAAGACUGAGCGCAAGGAGUACAAUUUCUUUGAGAACCCUUCCGGUUUUGGCAAGGAGUCUGUCGAUGUUAAGAUUACUAGCAGCACUGGAAAGACUGUUGUUGUCAACAAGGUUGGCGUGACUCCUGAUGCUCAGUACAAGGCCAAGGCCAACUUUUAA